GCGACGGGCGGGAGUAGGUGUAAACAGAGCGGCAGCCGCGACGCGUCGGUCCCGCAGCUCCCCAGCGCGCCGUGAGGAGCCUCGCGGGGCGAUGGACGGGGAUGACGGCGAGCAGCGGCGCAGGAAGGUGGAGGCCGGCAGGGCGAAGCUUGCUCAGUUCCGACAGAGAAAAGCAAAAGGCGACAGUGCGCAUCCGAAGAAAACGACGGCGAAGAGGAAGAGCACGGCUGUCACUGCGUCUGUACCGGAGGAGGAGGCGAGCACGGUAGCAGGGUCUGGGGGAGCCCCUGCCCCAACACCAGGAGCUGUGCAGGAGCCUAACCGGGAAGAUGAUCUUGAGGCCGCUGUGCCAAGGAGCGGAAGGGAAGAUGAGGAUGGCGAGCAGGAGGGGCCGGCGGGCUCGGGGCUGCUGCAGACCCAGCUGGUCCAGCCACCGUCGGCCCUGGAGCUCGAGGCCCUGCGCCUGAGCCUGAACAACAUGCACACGGCACAGCUGGAGCUUACGCAGGCCAACCUGCAGCGAGAGAAGGAGACGGCGCUGGUGGAGCUGCGCGACAUGCUCAAUGGGCGGCAUGCCCAGGAGCUGGCCCUCGCACAGAGCCGGCAGCAGCUGGAGCUGGAACAGGCCCGGGAGCAGCAUGCUCGGGAGCGGGAGGAGCUGGCCCGACGAUGCAGCCAGGAGACAGCUGAGCUGAAGGAGAAGCUACAGUCAGAAAUGGAGAGAAAUUCCCAGAUGGUGGAGAACCUGAAGCAAGACUGGGAAUCUCAGAGGGAAUUGUGCUUAGCAAACCUACGGGAAGAGUUAUCUGCAAAGCACCAGUUGGAAUUGGAGGAUUUACAAGAUCAGUUCAGGAAAAAACUGGCAGAACAGAAAACUGAGCUGGAGAAGAUUUUUCAAGCCAAAAACAAGGCUGAGUGUGCUCUGCAGACGCUGGAAGCCCAGCACGAGGCAGCCAUGUGCCAACUUCGGGAGGACUUGCAGGUUGAGCGAUGCCAGUGUCUGGAGGGCCUGGAGCUCAAGUUCAGGGAGCAAGAGCAGGAAAAACAGAGGGAGCUUCAGGACUUGCGGGCGUCCUACGAGGAGCUGAAGGCCCAGUCCCAGGAGGAGAUCAGACGCCUGUGGGCCCAGCUGGAGCUGGCGGGGCCUGGUGGACAGGAACCCCGAGAGCCUGAGCAGCCACUCGAGGCACAAGAGUCCUGCGUGGAGGAGCUGGAAGGCCUGAAGCAGGACUUUGCCCGGCGCCAGCAGCAGGAGAAAGCCGAGCACGAGUCAGAGCUGGAGCAGCUGCGGCUUUAUUUUGAGCAGAGGCUGCGGGAGGCCGAGAGGAGCUACCAGGAGGACCUGACGCUGCUGCAGCAGCGGCUCCAGGAGGGGAAGGUGGAUUCGCCCCUGGACGCGGGAGCAACCAGCACAUCAUUAGAAGAGGCAUCUGAGGGAGAAGUCAGCCGGCAUCUGCAGCUGGAUCCCCAUGAGCUGGAGGAUGACCACCAGUGCUCGCUUGAUGCCUGGGAAACUUCCCUGGAUGUGUCUGAGGGGCUGCAGCUCACGGGAUCCCCAAGGUGCACAGGGGAGCAGCCUGCAAGGCUCUCGGACGAGCCUGGCCAAGGCCUGGCUCGCGUGUGUCUUCGCUGUGCUCAGGACACAGCCCUGGAGGUGGAGGCUGAGGUGACAGCCCGAGUCUUGGCUCUGGAGACUGAGCACAAGGUGCAGCUGGCACUUCUGCAGACAGAGCUCAAGGAGGAGAUGAACUUGUUGCGGAUUGAGAACAGGAACUUGCAUGAGAAGCUGCAGCACGAGAUUGGCUUGCGGGAGGACUUGGAGAAGGUAAAGGACAGUUUGAUUGGAGACCACCUGGAGGAGCUCAAGAAAGCCCGGGAGAAGCAUCAAGCACUGAAGCAGGAACUUACAGAGAAGGAGGCAGCGUGGGCAGUGGCCAGUGAAGCCCAGAAGAGGAAUGCCGAGGAGAAGCUAACGCUCCGGCUCCUGGAGCUGAGAGAGCGGGCUGAGUCCGAAAAACAGGGUGUGGUGGACAAGUUCGAGCUUCGAGAAGCAGAGAUGCGGCAGCUGCAGGCUCAGCAGGCCGCCCAGAUCCUGGAGCUGGAGGCUUCGUUGCUGGAGCAGCAAGGCCGCUUGCGGCAGCUGGAGCUCGAAGCAACUGGAGAGGAGGCUACGCAGUGCAGGCGCUGUAGCCGCAAGCCUGGUGCUGGGCCUGCUGCGGACGGGGAAUGGAAACUGGCCAUGUUGCGCCUGAAGGAGGACUGUGCCCUCCAGCUAAUACAGGCCCAGAAUAGGUUCUUGGCAGAGCGUAAGGAGAUGACCGAGAAGUUCACUGUGGAGCAGGACUCCUCUCUGCAGGCAGCCCAGGAGCAGCAUGCCAGGGAGCUGCAGCACCUACAGCAGACGCACCAGCAGCAGAUUCUGGCCCUGACUUCGGAACUUGAGACCAAGCAUCAGGCUCGGCUGGCAGAGCUGCAGGCCUCUCUGGAGAGCGAGCAGCAGGCCCGCUUCGAGGUCCAUGUGGCCGAGCUGCAGACCAAGCACGCCACUGAGAUCAGUGUUCUGGAGUCGAAACACUCAUCCAACCUGGACGCUCUGGAGUCCUGCUGCCUGUCUGAGAUUCAGAGCAUUCGGGACGAGCACCGGCGCACCCUGGAGCUGCUGCGGGCAGACUUCGAGGACCAGUUGCGGAGAAAGGACAGUGCUCACCGUGCAAGCCUGGCGCAGGAGCUGGAGAAGCUGCAGCGGAAACACGAGGAGGAGCUGCGCUCAGCCCAGGAGAGCCUGGGAGCAGAGUCAAGCAGUGGCCAUGCCUGCCCAGCCUCUGAGCUCCCGGCUGCACAGCAGAGCGAACGUGAAAGUGCAGCGAAAGGCACUUUGCGGGAGGAAAAGUGUCAGCGAGUCGACAGUGAGCAGACAGCACCUCCACACACAGAGAUGCUUCUCUCGCCGCAGCCUCAGGAUGACCCUCAGAUGCAGCAGCUGAAAGACCAGAUUUUAUCCUUACGUCAUGACUUAGAAGCACGUGAGUCGGAGCUGGAGAAACUGCGGCAGAGGCGCGAGAGGGAAAACCAGGAAAGCACAAACCUUAUCUCCUUGCUCAAGUCCGAUAUCGACCAGUCUCAUGGGGAGAGGAGUGCACUGCACAACUCGCUGAAGAGGCUGCUGGGUCUGUUCGGAGAGUCUCUGAGGGCCGCCACCGCCCUGAGGAACCGUAUCAGUGAGCGAGUGGGGCUGUGUCUGGAUCACGAGGGCCUGCUGGACACACAGCAAGUGCCAGCUCCGGAUGACACCUGGCUGCGCUCUGAGUCAGCCAUGCUGGACCUGGACACGACACUGCCUGGAAACACGGAGAUGUCCUCGGUGGCCGAGAUCAGCAGCCACAUAUGUGAGAGCUUCCUGAGCCCUGACAACAGCCUGGACUGGGAGCAACCCGUGCGGAGGGUCUUCCAGAGCCUGGACCUGGCGGUGGAUGGCCUGCUGGGGCUGGCCUUGGAAUCCAGCAGGCAGCUAGAGGAAGCUCGCCAGCUGCAUUCUCACUUCGAGAAGGAAUUCAAGCGCAAGAACGAGGAGACGGCCCAGGUUGUCCAGAAGCACCAGGAACUGCUGCAGCGUCUGGAUGAGGAAAGCUCUGCCAACUCCCGGCUGGUGCUUGAGCUGCACAAGGCCGAGGGCCUCAUUGCUGGCUUCCAGGAGGAGCAGGCUGGGCUGCAGGAGGCUCUGGGCCACAAGGACUCAUCGGAGAAGGCACUGGUGGAGGAGCUGGAGAGCCAGCGAGAGCAGCUGCAGCGGGCGUCGCAACAGGUGGUGGCGCUGCAGGACGAGAACUCAGCGCUGCAGAGGCAGAAGGAAGCUGUGGUGGCCGAGGCGAAGGACAAGGAAGCAACUCUGCGCGCAGAGGUGACGAGUCUCAGCCAGGAGCAGCUCGAGACAAGGAAACAGUGUGAGAAGGACCGCUUGGCCCUGCUGGCGCAGAUGAAAGUGCUGGAGUCAGAGCUGGAGGAGCAGCUGUUGCGGCAGCAGGCUUGUGCCCAGCAGGCUGAGGAGCUCACAGCACUGCAGCAGCAGCUGGAGUCUCUGGAUAAGCACCUGCGCAGCCAGCGACAGUUCAUGGACGAGCAGGCCAUGGAGCGGGAGCAUGAGCGCGAGGACUUUCAGCAGGAGAUCCAGAGGCUGGAGGAGCAGCUCCGGCAGAUGUCCAGGCCGCAGCCCCGCAGCGCCCAGGACAGCGAUGUUGAAUUGCUACAAGAAAAGUUGAGAGAACAGUCUGAUGGGCUGAAUGAACUGGCUUUGAAGAAGGAUUUGGCAGACCAGCAAGUGGCCAUGCAGGAGCAGGAGAUCAGGAGGCUGGAGGAGGCCAACGCCCAGAGCAGCAGGCUGGUGGAACAGCUGCAGGGGGAGCUGGAGCAGCAGAGAAGAACUGUGAGGGGCCUGCAGCAGGACCAAGAGGCGCUGCAGGAGCAGCAGAUAAAGCACUUGCUGCUGGUGUCAUCGUUGCAGUCCAGACUGGACGAUGCCAAGUGCCCUGUUCCUGUGACAGGCAGCCGCCUUGAGAGCAUUCAGGAACAACUCGAGGAAGCACAGGGGGUGCUCCAGCAGCGGGACAAUGAGGUAUUGGACCUAAAAGAGCAACUAGAAAAGAUCCGAGCUGACCUGGCCAGUAAAGACCAAGAGGUGCUGCACCUGAAUGUAAAGGAGAGCCACGCAGCUGCCCGCGUCCAAGAGCUACAGGAGGAGAACACCCGCUUGAUGGCCGUGUAUGACAGGAGCUCGGAAAUCGAGGAGCUGAAGUCCAUCAUUGAGAAUCUUCGCGAGAACCAGCACCAGCUGCAGAGGGAUAAAGCAGAGGAGAUGGAGCAGUUGCACGAAGUCAUCGAGAAGCUGCAGACGGAGUUGUCCCGGGCGGGCCCUGAGGGCCAAGUCAGUGGCAAUUGGGCUGGGAGCCUCCAAAGCGAGCUGGAUGGGGCCAAGGCUCACGAGGCAUUAGCCGGCGAGCUCCAGGCUGCUCUGGCGGCCAAAGAGGCGCUGAGCCAGCUGCUGGCUGAGCAGGAGCGCGGGCAUGGCCAGGCCCUGGAGACGCUGCGCCAGCGCCUGCGUGAUGCCGAGGCAGCGGCUGCCAUCCGGCUGGUGGAGCUGGAGCGCAGCACGGCCCUCAAAGAGGCUGAGGCCCAGGGCCUGGCUGCCCGCGUCCGCGAGUGUGAAGCCAAGAUCGCGGAGAGAGAGCUGGAAAUCGCCGGCCUGAGCAGAAGCCGCUGGGCCCGCUCCACCCAGCUGCAGGCCAUCCUGGCGGCCUUUGCUCACUUCCGAGGAGCACUGGAGCGCCAGGUGCUGGCAGCCCCUGAGGAGACCCCAGAGCUGCAGCGACUCCGAGCACAGUGCGUCCGCCUCAGUCGCCAGCUGCAGCAGUUGAACCAGCGCUUCCUGCGGUGCCAGAAGGAGCUGGGCCCGCAGCAGCUGCUCUGGGGGGCCUGCCCCCCCUGCGGGGACGGCUGCUCCCCAGCACAGAGCCCCGAGAACUUGGGGGACCAGGACCCGGAGCAGGCUGUGGGCUGCAGGUUGCAGAGUGUGGCCCCCCGUGGCCCUGGCUGUGACCCUCAGGAUGAGAAAGAGCCCGUGGGUGACUGUCUGCCCAGGAAAGUCGAUCUCCUAAGCCAGGUGACGCAGCUUCAGAAGAGCCUGGACCAACUGGUGCUAAGCAUGGACUCCCAGAGCCCAAGCACAGAGGCCAGCGGCAGUGGCGCUAGCGAUGGCGAAGAGGCAGAGGGACAGCGUCCUCAGGCCAUAUCUCCUGCCAGCGAAGUUGUGUGGGAUCUGGUCACCUGGCUUGGGCCUCAGGGACCCACGGGCAGAACUGGGCAAUGGAGAGACCCACCCAAGGACCGCCCAGGAUCACCACAGGCCAGCUCUCGCCACAGCCCCCGCAAAGUCAGCCAUGUGCACUCUGAGGGGGCAGAGCACUUGACAAAGGCACUCAGGACCCUGGAUCUGUCCUCCUGGAGCUCUCCUGAGCUGCUCAGGAAGGACUCGACCCUUGAGCUGCAGCCCAGCCUGCCCCUCACUCCAUGCAUGGAUCUUCUGAGCCACUACAGUCUAGAUGCGUCUCUGCGGGACAGGCCAAGCGUGUCAGGGUCCCAGACUGGCUGGCUGGGGCUGCUUGGUCCCCCAGGGGGCUCUACACCAGAGGAGUCUCAGCCAGCGGUGGACAGGGGCCUUCCAGCUGACCGGCAACUGCAGUGGACGUCGGUGGAGAAAGAUGUCGAAGACUUUAUUAUAACAUCUCUUGAUACCCAAGAAAAAUCGUGCUCAUCUCCUCCCCGGUUGGACGGGAAUGAUGGAAGUGAGCAGCGUGACAGCUCGGGGCUCGCAGAGACGCCACUGACCCAUGACCCCCCAAGAUCCCCCAAGCUGGUGCCUCCUCCCGCCUCCAGGAAGUCACGCCGGGCUCCAGCAACCAUGAAGGACAAGGGCGUGCACCCACAGCAUGUGAAGGCCCUGCUGCAGAUGGUGUGUGACGAGAGCCACCAGAUCCUGGCCUUGUCCGAGUUCCAGAACACUCCCGGUGCCCUGAGCAAAGGGGAUCCCAGUGUCCUCCUUGAGCACUUCCUGAGGGAGGGCCAGGACCUUGUGGAUGCAGCAGCAGCUCUGAGGGGCUGCCAAAGCCUGGCACACCCAGAAGGCGAGCAGGAGCCCCCCUGCCUGAGCCUGGACUGGAGGGGGCAGUAUCUGCAGGUAGUGCCUGAGGCCUGCGAGCAGCAGUGGGCCACACUGCGGGCGCCACAGGUCAGCUCUGAAGCCUGCACGCCCAGUGCCCUGUGGGAGAAGCUGGAGAAGGUGGUGCGAGAACAGGGCUCAGCUUCGCAGGUGUCACUGGAACCCUCGAGGCCCACAGAGAGGACCCGCCUGCUGUCUGAGAUCCAGGCCCUGCGUGCCCAGCUGCGCCUGACACACUUGCAGAACCAGGAGAAGCUGCAGCAGCUAUGUGCGGCCCUCACUGGCAGCGAGGCCCGUGGGAGCCAGCGGGAGCACCAGUUGCGCAGACAGGUUGAGUUACUGGCAUAUAAGGUCGAGCAGGAAAAAUGCAUAGCAAGUGACCUGCAGAGAACACUGACCGAAGAGCAGGAGAAAGCAAGUACCAUUCAGAAGCUUCUGGUGGCAGAGCAGAGCGUGGCCAAGGCCCUGAAGUCAGAGCUGUGCGAGUGCAGGCAGGACAAUGAAAGGCUGCUGCAGUCUCUCAGCGACGUACAGAAGGAGGUCCUGCAACUGAGGCGUGUGCUGGAUGGGAAGGAAAAGGAGCUGCGAGCAGCGCUGACGGAGCUAGAGAGUCAGCGAGGGCUGGAGAGCGCCCUGCAGAGCCAGCUGGAGGAGGAGCGGCAGCGCCACCUGCACAUGGAGGGUCAGAACACCCGGAGUCUGGAGGAAUUAAAGGCGUCCUUGGACAAGCAGUUCGCCCAGAGUAACCGGCUGUGUGUGGCUUUGAAGCACGAGCAGACGGCCAAGGACAACCUCCAGAAGGAGCUGCGGAUCGAGGCGUCGCGCUGUGAGGCGCUGCUGGCCCAGGAGCGGGGCCGCCUGACCCAACUGCAGCAGAGCCUGGAGGCUGAGAGGGGCCGCGCGCAGGAGCUGACUGAGGCUUUGCAGCAUGAGCGCCUCCUGACCGAGCAGCUGAGCCGCAGGGCCCAGGAGGUCUGCGCCCACCAGGAAACGCAGGCGCAGCAGGCCCUGCUGCAGAAGCUGGAGGAGGAGCAGGCCCGGGUGCGGGAGCUGCAGGCCACACUGCAGAAGGCGCAGCAGCAGGCCGUGCGCACACAGCAGCGGCUGCAGGCCGAGGUGCAGAGGCGCUGCGCGGAGCUGCAGAGGGAGAAGGAGCGAGAGCUGGAGCUGCAGUGCCAGCGCAACGAGCACAAGAUGAAACAGCUUCAGCGGACGGUGGGGGAGCUGCAGGCAGAGGGGGCCACGCAGCCCGGGGUGCAGUCGGAGCGGCAGGGCCUGGAGAGGAUCCGGCAGCAGCUGCUGUGUGCCGCGGGGCUACUGACCAGCUUCAUCAACCAGACCUUGGACAGGACCAUUCAUGACUGGACGUCCUCCAACGAGAAGGCAGUGGCAUCCCUGCUCUGCACCUUGCAGGAACUCAAGUCCGAGCUGACUGCACCCAGCCCCUCCCCUAAGAAAAUGACAGCAGGAUUGCACAUCCAGCUGGUGGAUGUUUUGCUGAGUGACAACGAGUCUUUGCGGAAGACACUUAGCACAGUGGCUGAGGAGAAGGCAGAACUGUGUCGGGCUGUGUCCAAGCUGGAGAAGACCCUAAAGCACCAUCUGCUGAAAGGCUGUGCUCUGAGCAGGUCGGACAAGUCUGCGCGGAAGCUCGACAAGUCGGCUCUGCAGAGCUCUUCCCAGCACUCAGAGCCAGGAGCUCGGGUCUCCGGCCCCAGUGAAGACACCAACUCUGGCAGCUUCAAAAUGGAGAAAUUGUACCUGCAUUACCUGAGAGCAGAGAGCUUUAGGAAAGCUCUGAUUUACCAGAAGAAGUAUCUGUUACUGCUCAUCGGUGGCUUCCAGGACUCUGAGCAGGAAACACUCUCCAUGAUUGCUCACCUGGGAGUAUUUCCUUCUAAAGCAGACAGGAGAGUGAUCUCUCGUCCUUUCACAAAGUUCAGAACCGCUGUCAGGGUGGUGAUUGCCAUCUUAAGAUUGCGGUUUCUGGUUAAGAAAUGGCAAGAAGUGGGUCGGAAAGGAGCCUUGAUACCCAGCAGAUCCUCGCGCCCAGAAUUCUUAAUGCCCCAGCACCAAGAGUCUCCCCCUGAGAGCAGUGACUCCCCACCAACCCGGGAUGUAUCUUCGAGCCACAGCAGGGAUUCUGUGCCUAGAGCUUUCCUACGGAGGAGGAGGGAAAGUCUAUCCCCAAAUUCCAGAUCAGAAAGAUCUCUGACUCAAUCUCAAGAUCCAGAACAUUCCUUGACAGAAUAUAUUCACCAACUGGAAAUGAUUCAGCAAAGACUUGGGGGAGUACCAUCAGAUUCCACAUCGAAGAAAUCCUUCCGCCAGAAAAUUAAACAAUGAAUAAAAGUCCUGUGGCUCUUACCUCUGAUAGUUACAUUUAAGGAAAAGAUGUUGUUUUCCUCUUCAUGAGGAAAAUUGACAGUGUGAUAUAUCAUCUGGAGCAGUGCCUUGUCACUCAGUGCCCAAGAUGCCAGUCUGGGAGGGGGGGAGGUAUGGAUUGGGUGGUCUCACUUUUCUAUGGGGCUACAAAGCCCAGGAGUGCUUCUCAGGGCCUCUGGCAUGUUAUUACUCUUUCCUCCUCCAGGACCUGUUUAAUUGCAUGUUGGCAGUCACUUGCUUACUUCCAAGAAGCAGGAAGGAAACGUGGCUUCCUGUUGUUUUUAAACAUGAAAUGGGGUUUUUAAAUGAAAACAAAAAAAUAAUAAAAUUAAAUUAUAGUA